UGCUCACCGAGCCCCGGCAGAGCAGCAGCGGGCAAAGAAAGAGCUGGGCCAAGGCGCGGAGGAGGCCUCUUCUCUCGCUUAGCUGGCGGUUCUUCCUCCGCCCCUAGCAAGCUGUGCAGUUUCCCCCCCUCCUUCUCUUUCUGCCCCCACAUCCCGGGAAAGAAGAGGCGGAGGAAGAAGAGGAGGAGGAGGAGGAGGAGAGACAGCCGGGCAGAUCCUGUCUGAUCGCCAUGCCGGCGAUGUGUGGUUUGUUUUUCUUGCCGUCCCCCGGCUCCCAUCAUCUUCCUGCUGCCGGUUAGCCUAAACUAAGCCAAGGCAGGGCGCCCACAGAGCAAGUGUGUUUUGCCCUUGGGGGCUCUGAUAAUGGAAAAAGUGCCCACAGAAAUUUCUGGCGGCGGCGGCGGCGGCGAUGGUGGUGGUGCCGGCGUCCCUCCUCUUUUUUUUUCCACCAGCAGCCGAUCACUAUUGUGUGGGAGGAGGGCAGGAGCAGCAGCGGCGACAGGGAUGGACUUGAUCUUUUGGAUUUCUUGCUAAAGGGAGCAGCACAAACACCCAGCGCACCAGACCAGAAGUGAGGCAGACGCAAGAGGAGCCACCGCCGUGGUUGCCGCCCCGGCUUGAUGCCUCAUCGCCUCCCCCAGCAAAGCCGGCUGCUUCCUUUCUGAAGAGGAGCCUCUCUCCUUCCCCGCCGCCGCCUGUCGUCUCCUCCUCCUCCCCACCUUGCAGCCUCCCUGCUGCGGCAGAUGUGUUUGGGGUCACCGCACAGCUGGGACUAUGGUGAAAUUUCCGGCGCUCACUAACUACUGGCCCCUGAUCCGCUUCUUGGUCCCGUUGGGCAUCACCAAUAUAGCCAUCGACUUCGGGGAACAGGCCUUGAAUAGAGGUAUUGCAGCUGUCAAGGAAGAUGCUGUAGAAAUGCUAGCCAGCUAUGGGUUGGCGUACUCCCUCAUGAAGUUUUUCACAGGUCCGAUGAGCGACUUCAAGAAUGUUGGGCUGGUGUUUGUCAAUAGUAAGAGAGACCGAACCAAAGCAGUGUUGUGUAUGGUCGUGGCAGGGGCUGUUGCUGCUGUAUUUCACACUUUGAUAGCAUAUAGUGAUUUGGGAUACUACAUUAUUAACAAGUUGCACCAUGUGGAUGAAUCAGUGGGAAGUAAAACACGCAAGGCCUUCCUUUAUCUUGCAGCCUUCCCUUUUAUGGAUGCCAUGGCUUGGACCCAUGCAGGCAUUCUUCUGAAACACAAAUACAGUUUUUUGGUGGGAUGUGCCUCCAUCUCAGAUGUCAUUGCUCAGGUUGUUUUUGUAGCCAUUUUGCUCCACAGUCACUUGGAAUGCAAAGAACCUCUCCUCAUCCCCAUAUUGUCUCUGUACAUGGGAGCGCUUGUCCGAUGUACCACUUUAUGCCUGGGUUACUACAGAAAUAUACAUGACAUUAUUCCUGACAGUAGCGGGCCAGAGAUGGGGGGAGAUGCUACAAUAAGAAAAAUGCUAGGUUUCUGGUGGCCAUUGGCAUUAAUUUUGGCCACGCAGCGAAUCAGCCGGCCUAUUGUCAACCUCUUUGUAUCCCGGGAUCUGGGUGGCAGCUCAGCAGCUACAGAGGCAGUGGCAAUUCUGACAGCUACAUAUCCAGUGGGACACAUGCCAUAUGGCUGGUUGACAGAGAUUCGAGCUGUUUAUCCUGCUUUUGACAAGAAUAACCCCAGUAAUAAACUAGUGAACACCAGCAGCACCGUCACAGCAACGCAUAUAAAGAAGUUCACUUUUGUCUGCAUGGCCCUCUCCUUAACGCUCUGUUUUGUGAUGUUUUGGACUCCUAAUGUGUCGGAGAAGAUUUUAGUUGACAUUAUUGGAGUUGAUUUUGCCUUUGCAGAGCUCUGUGUCAUUCCUCUUCGUAUAUUCUCCUUCUUCCCAGUUCCAGUCACAGUAAGAGCACACUUGACAGGAUGGCUGAUGACGUUAAAAAAGACCUUUGUUCUGGCCCCUAGCUCCGUGCUGCGAAUCAUUGUUCUCAUCACCAGUCUGAUUGUGCUGCCUUACAUGGGGGUCCAUGGAGCCACUCUAGGAGUAGGAUCACUUUUAGCUGGCUUUGUAGGAGAAUCUACCAUGGUUGCAAUAGCAGCUUGUUAUGUCUAUCAAAAACAGAAAAAGAAGAGGAAUGACAAUGAGACAGCAACAGAAGGCGAAGACUCAGCAAUGACUGAUAUGCCUCAAACAGAGGAAAUGACGGACAUCGUAGAAAUGAGAGAAGAGAAUGAAUAACAGUGACUUCUCUACAGGGACAACUGGAAACAUAUUUCUUUUAUCAUCCUUUCUUGUUUAUUUUUAAUAAAGAGGCCUUGGUUCCAAAGGUUUCAGAUGAUGAAUUCCUUAGCAUACUGAGUAUGCUGGCAUGGAUGAGGGACUUAAAGGAACAGACUCUGCUUUUCUUUUUCAACUGAAUUUCAUCUCUCACUCCAUGCAAACUCAAGACAUGGCUGCUGCACAUUCAGAGAGAGCCUCCCUUCUUUGGACAACCAAAGUCUCACUUGUUUAUUCAUGAACUCUGCUGCCGUCCUUUCACCUCCUCCCCCACCCCAACACACACACACACACACACUUUUUUUUUAAUUAACAAAAGAUUAAGAAUGCAAAAUUUGAAAGAAAAAUAGCUUUAUUUUACUUUCUUGCAGAUUACUUUGCUCUGUGGACCUGUAUCAUGGUGGACUCUUGAGUUCUGCUUUCUCAUUGUUCAAUGUGAUAUAUUGUAUACUGUUACAAAACAAGAUACUGAGACAAGAGUCAAGACAAGUAAAUGAUAGGUGGAAUAUAUUAAAUAGACCAUCAUAAAUACAGGACAAGACUUUGGUUCAGAGUUUAUUAUAUCACCCAAGAUUCAAAAUAGUCUUCUUUCUUUUAUCUGAUUUCUCAGCUGUGAACAGUUAAUCUGUAUUACACUAACCUUAUAACUAUUUUUUUAAACAAUUGUGGACAUUGAAAUCAAAAGCUUUAUAUAGAAUAUUAGUGUUUCGUCUGCAACCUUUUCUUCAAGAGCCCUUUGUUUCCAUGCUCAGUCGUUUGCAGGAUACAGUGUUUGAGGUGUGGUGAAAGCAGUUGUUUCCAGGGUUCUUUUCCUAAAAGGAAGAUGACAGAAAAUACCAAUACUGUAGUUAAACCAAAGUUCUAAUUCAUUGUUUUGCAAAAAUGGCUGUUGGUACUGUCUACUCAAAAAUAUACAUGCUAACUUAUACAGAGAAUAUCAUGGUACAUCCUUUUACUGUUGGAGUUCUCCAACACUAAAUGGCAUAAGUAGAUUACAGCCUAGAAUGGAGGGGGAUUGUUCAAAAGAAAGGUUCUAAAGUACCACGUAAGGGUUCUCAGUCAAAUAAUUAUUAUUUCAUCUAUUUGUGCUGGGCAUGUCCACAUGGCCUGCACUUUGGUGACAGAAGGAACUUAGGCAUUGCUGAUGCCCACAGCCUAUGUAUGACCAGACUUCAGUGGUCUAACCACACAGCUGAUAGGCAUGAUUGUAGGAUCCACACUGGCUAUAAACAACCAGCUUCCAUUCCUACAGUUGAUGUGGCCAUGAAGGGGAAAGGCACCUCUUGUUUCCCGGGAGCUUCCUGCACUUCCAGUUUUAGUGCACAGCCAGAACAUCCGUGCUUGCCAUGCAGGUGUUUACUAGGUGGGACUUCAGUAUCCCCCAGGGCUGCUCAACUUCGGCCCAGUUGCAGAUGUUGGCCUACAAUUCCCAUAAUCCCUGGCUAUUGGCCACUGUGGCUGAGGAUUAUGGGAGUUGUAGUCCAAAAACAGCAGAGGGUGUGUGUCUAAGUUGAGCAGGCCUGAUAUAGGAGCUUACUUUGGCCAUGUAACAUGGUGUCAUUUUAAUCCUAGAGGAAAGUCUUGAAAUAAAACACUUCAAGGCUGCUUUAGCCAAAUUAUAUUUUUCUAUAAGAAUGGCAAAAUGAUUUUAUUUAAAUUUGCACAAAUUCAUUUUCUAGAUUAUGAGAACAAGUAGCUUAGAAUAGAUGAAAUCUUAAAACUGCAAUUCUAUAUCAAUACAGUAUAUGUGUAUAUAUACAAAUGAAUGUGUAUAAAUAUAUAUAUUGUACAUUAUGUGUAAUUUAUUUUAGGCAGCAAUACAGUUCUUAUUUUUCCAAAGCUCAGUAAAAGGAGAAAAAAAAUUCCAAUACAAUACAAAGUUUGCUUGUGUACCGAAGUCAACUGUAAAGAAGUGUACUGUAUAAAUGUUGCAUGUCUGCAAAGUUGAUAAUCAGUUUUGCACACUUGCAAAUGCAAUAAGAUAAUGUGGUGAAUAUUUUCACAAGGGGCAAGGAUUGUGCAAAUCAGUGUAGGUUGGAGUAGCGACUAGAAGCCCCGGAGCCAUAUCCAGAAUAUCAACAGCAACUGACCCCAGUUGCCAUAUCAGGCAUAUUAUGGAGGGAUGUGGCAGUGAGGGUUGCCAGCAGCCCAUUUGGGGGAAUAGAAGUGUGGGCAGUGUGGUGGGGGAGAAAGGGUGGCACUGACUUACCACCCACCAUCCUCUUCAGAAAUGCUUAUUUAUUAGGGGUCUGGGUAAUGAACAUUUCACAUGAUGGCAGCAAAGGAGAGCACUACAGACCCAAAGCUUUCAGUACUAGUCAGUACUCAUUAAUAGAAAUAUGCUUGGGAAAAUCAAUACUUGGUAGUAUACUGUGUUCAGAUAUAUGUAGUCAUGUAUAGAGUGUGUGCGUGCAUGAGUGACUAUUUCUCUCACUCUCACACACACACACUGCUUAUUUUGCUACCCUACAAUAAUCUUGAUUUCUCUACCAUUCUCAAACUCUAAAUUUCAAUUUCUUCCAGAAUAAAAAUGAGAAGAGUAGUAUUGUUGUGAUGUUUCUUCUGAUGUCAUUAGAAGAGUAUGCUGUAAUAUAUUUAUUUGGGCUUAGAGGUGAAAAAUAUUAAAACAUUCUAAUUUCA